GGGCCGAGCAGGGAGGCGGAGCGGAAGCGAGUGCUAGGAAAGAGUUGAAGCUAGCCUCGUCCUGCCUCCGGUGCCCGGUCUGCCUCGUCUCGACCUGGAGGCUGCUGCGAGGAGCCCCAGCGGCCCGCGGAUCAGCUGUGGCUUCGCCGCGCCGGCCCGGGAGUCCCGAGGCGGCGGCGGGGACGGUGACGGGAAGCCCACGGGCCAGACCUGACCUAGUGGAGGCAGCCCUGCUGAAGAUGAAUAUGCAGUAGAGGACUUUUUCUUCUCAGAAGUCUUGAUUGUUGGAGUCUGCUCUCCAGUUAGUGCUUCUCAGUCAAGUCUGUCUUCAUCAGAAAUGUUUUUUGCAAUCUCAAGAAAAAAUAUGUCACAGAAACUGAGUUUUCUGCUGCUCAUAUUUGGACUCAUUUGGGGACUGAUGUUGCUACAUUAUACUUUCCAACAACCAAGACAUCAGAGCAGCGUCAAGUUGAGGGAGCAGAUCCUGGACUUAAGCAAAAGAUACGUGAAGGCUUUGGCAGAGGAAAAUAAGAACGCGGUGGCCUUGGAGAAUGGUGCUUCUAUGGCUGGUUACGCGGAUCUGAAGAGAACAAUUGCUGUGCUCUUGGAUGACAUUUUGCAACGUUUGGUGAAGCUGGAGAACAAGGUCGACUAUAUUGUUGUCAAUGGCUCAGCAGCCAACACUACCAAUGGUACUAGUGGGAAUUUGGUGCCAGUGACCACCAACAAAAGGACAAAUGCAUCGGGCAGCAUCAGAUAGCAGUAACGUCACCCUGUGCAGCUAUAUCCACUGUGGAUUCUGUCCCAUCGCAGGAAACCUUUGUGAUUGCUGGCUAGGACAAGUAAUACUUUACAAUAAAAGCUCUGCACAUUUUCAAGGAGUUUGCUGGAUUCUUGGAAUUCUAAUUCUGUAUAUAAAUAUCAAGCAUUAUUAGUUUGCUUUCACGCAAAGCUGCUCAGUGCUGAUCCAUGUUCUUACAGCAAAUCUGUUAAGAAUUGAUUGUAAGACACGGUUGGUACAGUAAACAAGGAGAUGAGCUUGGUAUAAAUGU